AUGCCAAAUUGUCGUAUUCCUCGGCCUGCUGCAGCCUGGCGAGCUAGAGCAGCUCUCCGUCCGUCAUCCUCCCACCCAGCUCGUCGUUCUCAUCAUACCCACCCUGACCAAGCCACGAAGUCCCUUGACUCGAUCCUGAUUGCGAAUCGAGGAGAGAUCGCCAUACGGGUCAAUCGUACAGCUGCACAACAUGGAAUCCGAACUACCACUCUGUACACCCGGCCAGACAUUUUCUCACAGCACGCUCAUUCCUCUCCGUUUUCCUUUAACCUUGGCGCAACGGCAGCUUACCUUGACCAAGAGAAGAUUCUCGCCAUAGCAAAACAGCAAGGUUGUCACGCGAUACAUCCAGGCUACGGGUUUUUGUCUGAAAAUGCCGAAUUUGCAAAAAGAUGUGCAGAAGAGGGUGUCACCUUCAUCGGUCCGCCGGCCAGUGCCAUCGAGGACAUGGGUGACAAAGCCAGAAGCAAGGAGAUCAUGAUCUCUGCGGGUGUGCCCUGUGUCCCUGGCUAUCAUGGAACCAACCAAACGCCGGAAACACUGUCGCGCGAGGCGGAGAAGAUUGGAUACCCUGUUCUUAUCAAAGCCGUUCGAGGCGGGGGAGGAAAGGGCAUGCGUAUUGCCAGAAGUACACAAGAAUUUGCAGACAUGCUGGAAAGUGCGAAGAGUGAGGCAAGGAACUCUUUCGGUCAUGAUGAAGUUCUCGUGGAGAAAUACAUCACGACGCCGCGACAUAUCGAGGUCCAAGUCUUUGCGGACAAGUACGGCAAUUGUGUGGCUCUUGGUGAACGAGAUUGCUCUAUUCAACGACGACAUCAGAAAAUUCUAGAGGAAUCUCCGGCUCCAAAUUUGAAUGACUCGAUUCGAAAGGAGAUUUGGGAAAAAGCUCGAGCUGCCGCCCUUGCUGUCAACUACGAAGGUGCUGGUACGGUAGAAUUCAUCUUUGAUAACGACACUGGAGAGUUCUAUUUCAUGGAAAUGAAUACAAGACUUCAAGUGGAGCACCCUGUCACAGAAAUGGUCACAGGACUGGACCUUGUCCAUUGGCAAAUAUUGGUGGCAGAGGGCAAACCUUUGCCCCUGACACAACCAGAAGUGGAAGAGCAGAUUGCCCAACAUGGUCACGCGAUCGAAGCUCGAAUCUAUGCUGAGAACCCGGCCAAAGGCUUCAUACCCGACUCCGGAAGACUACUCCAUGUCCAAUUACCCGAAGAGACCGCCGAUGUACGAAUAGACAGUGGAUUUGUGCAAGGCGACGAAGUCUCAAGCCACUAUGACCCCAUGAUAGCAAAACUUAUUGUUAGAGCUGCGACCCGAGAAGACGCCCUCCGUAAGAUGGCGAUGGCAUUACAGGAGUAUGAGGUGGCUGGACCCGUCACGAAUAUCGACUUCCUCAAACGCGUGUGCCAGUCCCCCGACUUUAUGACGGGCAAAGUUGAGACCCGGUACAUCGAAAAACACCGAGAAGAACUAUUUCCUCCGACCCAUGUCACGCCUGAGGUGCUGGCUGAGGCCGCAAUAGCUUCAUUCUUGCAUUCGAUGACUCCUAGAUCCGCCACUGCAAGUCCGAUCUUGCAAUCACCUGUAUCCUCGGUAUCCUGGCUCAACACUUCCGCCGACUUUCAACCUCGAAUUUUCCAAUUCCAAUCGGCAGAUUUCGAAGCCGGCCCCGGCAAAUCACCGGAAAUCCACAGCAUCGAACUCCAACAGACGAUUCCAGGUCACUUCUCGAUUACGACACCAUCUAACCCGUCACCGAUCAAUGUCUCUUCGAGUCUUGAUGCUGAAACAAAUACCCUGACAACCUACUUCCCUCACACGCGACACACCUCCCGCAUCAUUUUCUCUUCUCCCAUUGGCCAUACCCCCGGAUCCGAUACAGUCCACCUCUUCACACCUCAUGGUUCUUUCCGUCUGACGGCACCGUCACCGACAUGGCUCUCUAAGGCACUCGGCGUAGUGGAAAAGCCCAACUCGCUCCUGUCACCCAUGCCUGCGAAGAUCCUGCGUGUACUGGUCAAGCCAGGCGACACAGUAACUAAGGACCAGGCACUCCUCGUUAUCGAGAGCAUGAAGAUGGAGACGGUGAUUCGAAGCCCCGCGGAAGAGGUGGUGGUGAAAAGAGUCGUACAUGGUGAGGGCGAAGUUGUGGGAAGUGGGGUCGAGCUGGUAGAGUUUGAAGAGGAGGAAGACUCGGCACAGGGGGAUCGAGAGAGGGCAAGUAAUAGCCAGAGAGGACAAUGA